GACGUAGUUCUCCGGUAACCUUGACAACACGAAUUUUGGCAGUUAGGAGAAAGUAAACGGCUCUUACCACGAAGUUUCUAGUCGGAUUCUGCGAGAUUCGUCAGCUCUUAGAUGAGGCAGGAGAAUCUACUUUGAUCACCUUGUUGAAGUUGCCCAAACUGUGCUUUCUAGCCCAGCGAGGAACAGUAGACUACCUGUGUAGGGCAAAGGUUAACGAUCGGUGCUACACUUGAGUGCCUCUGAGAGAUUGAUGCCACUCAACUUUGAGAGCAUUGAAGCAGCUAGAAGAGUGUUGAGGAGAGUCUUGCAGCAGCUGUCAUGCUAAAGGAAAAAACUGAUGUUCCACAUCCAGUAUUAAAGACACGCACCAAUCCUCCUGCCAAACCUCCAAGAACCUUCGAUCAGGACGACGAGCCAAAAAAAUCUCCUAAAGAGCGCAAAAAGUCGGUUACUUUGAUGUCAGCGGAAUUGGAGAUCAUGUUGGCCCCCACUGAGAAGCUGUUUACCUCGGAGAGAGACCAGGCGGUCAGGUUGAGGAUGGAGGGCUCGGGUCCGGGCUCAGAGACUCCCAUCACCAUUCAUCAACUGUUCCUGGAGGCGGUGGAGAGCUACGGGGAUCAUCCGGCUUUGGUUUUCAAGAAAGGUGGCCAGAUGAUAACUCUGACCUGGAGGCAGUACUAUGAACAAUGUCGUGCAGCGGCCAAGAGCUUUCUCAAGCUCGGGUUGGAGCGUUUCCAUGGAGUCGGCAUUCUGGGAUUCAACUCUCCUGAGUGGUUCAUCUCAGACAUCGGCUGCAUUUUAGCAGGGGGUCUGGCUGCCGGUAUUUAUACCACCAACUCUGCGGAAGCCUGUCACUACGUAGCCUCUAACUGCGAGGCAAACAUCCUGGUAGUGGAGAACCAGCAACAGCUCGAAAAGAUUCUGAAGGUAAAAAGUCAGUUACCUCAUCUGAAAGCCAUUGUCCAGUAUGACGGCGAACUGGAGACGAAAGCAGAGUUCCUCUACACAUGGGACCAGUUUUUGAAGCUUGGAGAAAACUUUCCCAACAAGAAGCUGAAUGCUGUGAUUGAGAGUCUGCGGCCCAACGAGUGCUGCACCCUCAUCUACACCUCCGGCACCACCGGAAACCCCAAAGGAGUCAUGCUGAGCCACGACAAUAUCACGUGGACGGCCCGCACUGUGUCCAGGAUGAUAAACCCACACUGCUGCGAGGAAGUGCUGGUCAGUUACCUGCCGCUCAGCCACAUCGCAGCGCAGAUGAUGGACAUUUGGUGCUCCAUGAGCCUUGUAGGCACCGCCCAUUUUGCAGAGCCGGACGCCCUGAAGGGAUCUUUGGUGAACACGCUGAAAGAGGCGCGUCCGACCGGCUUCCUGGGCGUUCCUCGGGUUUGGGAGAAAAUCCAGGAGAGCAUGAAAGCUGUUGGCGCCAAGGGCUCCGCGCUGAGGAAGAGGGUGGCGGACUGGGCCAAGGCCAUUGGCCUGCAGUACACCUACAGCGCCAUGAACGGGGAGAACUCUGUGCCGUGGGGCUUCAUGCUGGCCAACAGUCUGGUGUUUAAGAGGAUUCGGGGCGAGUUGGGUUUGGACCGCUGCAGGCUGUGCUGCACUGGAGCCGCUCCCAUCACCAAAGAAACUCUGGACUACUUCAUGAGCCUCAGCAUCCCGGUGAAGGAGCUGUACGGCAUGAGCGAGAGCUCCGGCCCGCACACCGUCUCCCUCCACGAGUAUCGCAUUGGAAGCGUUGGGAAGGUGAUGCCGGGCUGCAAAACAAAGCUGGCGAACCCGGACGCGGACGGGAACGGAGAGAUCUGUUUCUGGGGCCGGAACGUCUUCAUGGGCUACCUGAACAUGCCCGAUAAAACGACCGAGGCGCUGGACGAGCAAGGCUGGCUGCACUCUGGAGACGUGGGCAAACACGACGAGGACGACUUCCUCUACAUCACAGGCAGAAUAAAAGAGAUCAUCAUCACCGCCGGCGGGGAGAACAUCCCCCCCGUCCCCAUCGAGGACGGCGUGAAGCACGAGAUUCCCAUCAUCAGCAACGCCAUGCUGAUCGGAGACAAGCAGAAGUUCCUCUCCAUGCUGCUCACGCUCAAAUGUGUAGUGGACGACCAGGGCAACCCCACAGACACCCUGAGCCCCGAGGCGGUGGAGUUCUGUCGGAACCUCAACAUCAGGACCACCAAGGUGUCAGAGAUCAUAGCCAAAAGGGAGCCGGCGCUCUACAAAGCCAUUCAGGAGGGCAUCAACGAAUUCAACAAUAGAGCCACGUCCAACGCUCAGAAGGUCCAGAAGUGGGUCCUGCUGGAGAAAGAUUUCUCUGUCAACGGAGGAGAACUUGGACCCACCCUGAAACUGAGGCGGCCCGUUGUGGCGAAAAUGUACCAGGACAAAAUUAACAAAUUGUAUUCGCACUGAACUGUCCAGCCGUGGUUCCUGGAGAAGUAAAAGACUCAGAGCAGA